AUGUCGCUGUCUUCAACAGCCACCGUCAAGAAUCAGAUAACGACCGCACUAGGCCCUAAAGCGUCCCUUUACUUCGGCGUUCUCAAGGAGUACCUCUCGGGCCGAAUCUCGAGGAACGAGUACGACGAACAGGUCAAGACUCAUCUCGAUAGCACCCACCUUCUACAGCUGCACAAUGCGCUGCUAGUGUCCCUCUUUGACACUUCCGCACACCUCACACCACCCACACCUCCACCAGAUGUACCUAAGCCACCAUCAAGGAAGCGCAAGAGGACACUGCCGUACCAAGGACCAGACCCUCACUACGAUCCAGCGACACUGAGGUCCGAGCGUCUGAAGAAAUGGUCUGUAGGAUUAGGAAGGCGCGAGCGUGACCGCAUCCGUGCAUUGGAAGCCAUGGCUCUGAAUGAACCGCCACAAGCGAAGUCAUACGUGGAUGAGAUCGCAGCCGAGCGCGGGGUGGAGCUUCUCAAAGAAAGAGGAGAAUCCCCUGGAAGUCGACUUCCUCUCAAUCUUGCGUCCAUGACCCGUGGCCCAACGCUGCAGCACAUCUCGGAACGCCUCAAUCUGAUAUCCGCGCAACAUAAUCUUGGGACGCCAUCGAAAGAAGUUGCGUCAUUGCUAAUGCUGGCUUUCGAGGCAAAGCUGAAGCAGCUGAUCACCCAAGCACUCUCUUUGACAUCGACCUCCCAUGCCAUCACAUCCAUUCGUGCUGCGGAACCACACUCGCAUAGCUAUGUGCUUCCCACAUCGUCCUUCGACAGCCUCUUCACCGUGUCUCCCGCCGUCUUGCCCAACAAGUCUGCGGCAGCCAUGCGUCUUGCGCUGGGAGACAACGAGCCUUCGGAAGAUGACUUUAUCCUCAAAGAUAGAGAGACGAAGGACCCAAGGUGGCAGCUCUUUGCGUUGCUCGGCGAACGAAGUACGGUGAAGGAGGCUCUGCGGACACUGCAUUGA